UCUACCGUUAUAUUUAGUCCAUUCUAUUACCUGCAUGCCUCACACGACUAGGCUUUGAAAGAUUUUUAAGACGGUCCAGAGACCAGAACGCUGUUCACACCAAGUUAGACGACUGCCUCUAACAAUGAGCACUCCACGAACAAGAAAGCGUUAAGAAGCGCUUCAGAAUGAAGUGGGGCGAGCUGGACUGGGGGCUGCCGCUGUCCCUCCCAAACGACGAGGGCGGCAAGGAGGUCCCCAGCGUGCUCAAAGCAGAAGAGGAGAUUGCAAAAUUUACGGUCGAUGAACACCUGAGCGAUGUGGAGCGAACGGUCUUAUACCUGAAUGGUGGUCAGCUUAUACAGCAGCGGCAUGCCAUUGCCAACUUGCCAACCGUACUGAAGGGGAGAGGGCGACCAGCGUUUGAUGCCAUCUCUCAGCCCCUUAAAGCGGCGCUAAACCGACUGGACUCCGAUGCUCAGAUCGCGACGGCGGAGGCGUUUGCGACGAUAGCGCGGGAGCGGUUGCUCUCGCCGGUGGACCUACAGGUCUGCAUCCUGCCGACCGUGACGCGAAACAUCAACCGGGAAAAGUCGGAGGAGGAGACGGACGCAUGGCUGAACACGCUGUUUGAGCUGAUCCCGCUGCUGGACAAGGAAGUUCUGAAGACGGAGGUGCUGUCGCUGGCGCUGUCCAAAGGCGACGUGGAGGGAGUCGUGGGCUCAAAAACCAUCUGCGUGCGGAUCCUCGGAGCGUUGGCGCCGCGGCUGACGUGGGAGGAGAUUGAGCGAUCGUUCUUCAAGAAGGCGCUCAGCAUGUGCCAGGACGUGGACCACCAUAUCCGCAUUGCCUCCUGCAACCAGCUGGGCGCCAUUGCGCGCAUCGCUGGCCGCGACGUGGUGGCCAAGACCAUCCUGCCGGAGCUGUUUGAGCUGCUCAACGACGAGGAGGUGCAGGCGCGUGUGGCGUCGCUGACGACGCUGACGUCCAUCCUGGACCUGGUGCCGCCCGAGGUGCGCAAGGGGCAGGUGAUGCCCAUCCUGCGCAACCACAUGCAGCCGCUGGAGCUGGACAUUGCCAUGCAGCGCUGCGUGGCGCGAGUGUUCGGGCAGCUGGUCACGGUGGUCAAGGUGGACUUCGAGCACGAUGACUCGGUGCUGUUCUUCUCCUGCUACAAGCACUUGGCCACCAAGGCGGACACCGAGCUGCGCAAGCUGUGCGCCAGCCAGCUGCCGGCGGUGCUGCGGGCCGCCACGGCGCUGGCGGCGGCAGCGUUCUCGCAGCAGUUCCAGGACACACUAAACAACCUAGCCACAGACCAUGACGUGGAGGUCCGGAAAACGCUAGCGGGGCUAUUCCACGAGGUGGCGCGCGUGGUGGGCAAGGACUGCGCGCAGCUGCUGACGCGGCCGCUGUGUCGGCUACUGCGCGACGAGGCGCCGGCGGUGCAGGCGGUGCUGCUGCCCAGCCUGACGGCCACCCUGGCGCACUGGUCCAUACGCGACGAGGCGCGGCGGGACGCGGCCAUGGGCGAGCUGGCCAAGGCGCUGCUGGAGCUGGAGAGCGGCGCUAAGCGGAACUGGCGGCUGCAGCAGCAGCUGGCGGCGGCGUUCCCCAUGUUCCCGCAGGUGUUCUCAAGCGAUCAGAUCUACGAGCACUUCAUGCCGCUCGCGUUCCGGUACUUGACUGACACGGCGGCGGCGGUGCGGCCGGUGGCGGCGGAGGGCCUGGUGUGCUUCAUGCGCUACAACCGGCGGGAAAAGCACCGCGCAGAGGUGCUGCUGCGCAUCGUCCGGGAGUUCUGCCGCGGCAAGUCCUUUACGGCGCGGCUGACGUUCGUGGACGUGGCCACAUACCUGCUGCGCCGCUUUUCAUCGCGCUUUAUCAAGGACUACAUCUUUGACCUGGUGCUGGAGCUGCUGUACGACCCCGUGCCCAACGUGCGGCUCACCGCCACGGGGCUGCUGCCCAGCCUGAAGCAGUGCAUCCGGCUGCCGGAGGACGUGGACUUGCUGGAGCGGCUCAACAGCGCCAUGUCCAACAUCAUGACAGACAACGACCGCGACGUGUCGCAGAACGCGCGAGCCACGAACGAGCAGUUCAAGAAGACGCCAAUGCGGAUGGGCGGCGCGGGCGGCGGCAUGCUGGACAUGAAUGGCAGCAUGGGCGGGCAGGGCGGCGGCGGGGCGUACGGCGGCGCGCCCGCCUCUGGCUCCAACGAGGCGGAUGACCGGCGCAAGGAGGAGGAGGAGCUGGACUUCACCUUCACGGCGGACGACCUCAAGGAGAUCAAGGGCGAGAUCCUGCAGGUGGGCCCCAACAAGAACAAGGGGGCGCCAGGCGUGGGGCCGCUGGCGGGCAAGUCGGGCGUGCAGCGGCGGCCGGGGGGGCUCACGCCAGUGGGCGGAUACGACCGCUCCAGCAACUCGGGCGCCGGCAUGGCCAACCGCGGCGGCGGCGCCUUCGGGCCCGGCGGCGCCGCGGGGCCAGGGCAACGGCGGCCGGGGGCGGGCGUGAGCGAGGACGGAUCUGGGCGCGGCGGCCUGGCAGGCGGGCCCCUAGGCGGCAUGCGUGGCGUGGGUGGCCCGGGUGUGGGCGGCAGCACGUCCAUGCCCAACAGCCGCAUCUCCUCCGCCGCCAGCAGCGCCUCCGGGCCGGCCGGCUCCAAGUCCGGCUUCGGCAUGAGCGUGCCGGCCAACCUCAACAGCCCCGGCAAGCCGGGCGUGCCGGCCUCGCGCAUGUCGCCCAUGCCCUCAGGCGUGACCAAGCCCAGCUCGCCGCUGCUCAGCAACACGCCGGGCAUGGGCGGGCCGGGCGGGCAGUCGGGCGUGCGGCUGCCGGCCAUCACCACCAGGGCGUCGCCGGCGUUGGCGUCGUCUCCCGUGCUGGGCAGCAGCAGUUCGCUGUCCAAGCAGGGGUCAGGCAGCGCGAUGGGCGUAGGCAGCAGGCUGACGGCGGGGGCGGGCGCGGCGGCGGGCGCGGGGAAAACACCGCUCACGACAGCGGCGACGGUGGCGCGCAAGCCCACGAGGUGACUCCCCGGCGUCCCCGUUCAUCAGGCGGGCGCGCUGUCAAACGGCGGGGGCGCGGGCGGUCGUGGUGGAGGUGGAGGUGGUGGUGGCGGGAUUGGAGGAAUGGCAGGUGGCUUGGCGGGAGCAAUGUUUGUGGGGCGGCGGCGCUCUGGUGGCUUGUGAGGUCUGGCGGUAGCAUAAUGGUCUGCUAGUGGCAAUCAUCAUGGGCCGAGACAGGCACGUCAUAAUGGGCGCCGCAAUGUGUUUUACAAGUGGAUGGGGGCAGUGAGACGACGGACCUGACACUGACUGACUCAUGAUGGCUGCCACGCAUUGAAUUUGACACGUGCAAGGCUCUGGCUGUGGCGGGCAUAGAGAGUGUUUAUCUGAUGCCUCAACAGUGGGUGUGAGUUGGGGCGUGGCGCCAGCCGGCCGUGGGCCGCGCGCAUCGUACUUGGACUGGUGACCUAGAUGGAGGCAGUCUACGGCUGGCAUGUCACGCAACAGGACGUGGGUGUUGAACUGAAGUUGGCGAUGUGCGCGCAUCUGGGUAAGGUGGGUGGGUGUUAUAAGGGCUGGGCGUGAGCUCGGUAGGGAGGAAUGUGGGACGUGGAGGCUUCCACGCAUUGCACAUAAGGGGCGGUGGGGCCACGGGACUUCGAGGUGUGCUCACUGGCAAGACGGACACUGUGGUGGUCGGCGGCGUGUGUGACUGUGUGUGUCUGUGUGUCGGUAUGUGGCCGGGCGCGGUGAACGAGAGUGUAAAGUAGGGCGGCGGACUUGCCGCAUGGUUGGGGGCGAUGGAAUCAGGCGCGGCCAGCCUCCAUGGCUCCAUGUAAGCCUUGUCCUGG